GGACUUUAGCCAACAUGCCAAAAAUACAGAAAUCUGAACAGGAAUGGCGCGCGAUUCUUGAUCCUGAGCAGUUCGCUGUUCUGCGCCAGAAAGGGACAGAAAGACCAUACGUGGGCAAGUACACAAACUUUAAAGGCAAAGGUAUCUACAAUUGUGCAGGUUGCAAUGCGCCACUGUACGAAUCAAGCACCAAAUUUGACAGCCAUUGUGGAUGGCCGGCUUUUUAUCAGGCUCUUCCAGGCGCGCUGAUCACGGAGGAGGACAACUCUCACGGCAUGAAGAGAAUCGAGAUCAUGUGCGCUUCCUGCGGUGGCCACCUAGGACAUAUAUUCAAAGGAGAAGGUUACAACACUCCCACGGACGAACGACAUUGUGUUAAUUCCAUUAGUUUGAAAUUCGACCCCAAGGACGAUGUUAAUUCUGACGCUAUAUAUACUAAAUAAGGUCUAAUCACAACUUGGAAUCAGGCCUAUCAUUAGUAAGGAGAAAAAAUUCACACUUACGACAACGCGUCAAAGGAUUGUAGCUGAAUUUUGUAUCCGUCCGGAUCUGUCAACAGAGCAGUCUCCUUCAAGUCUGGGUUUUCGCCAAACUUUGUGAUCCAUUUAGCCUUGUCGCCAAUUUUGUCAAUGACAGAUUUAACAUCCUUGUACGAGACGGCAAUGUGAUCAAAACCAACAACCUUGUCAGUGUCCUUGUCAAAGACAUAGUAGCCGGCGAACGAGUCGUCGGAUUCGGUUCCAUAGUUGUGAGUGAGUUCAAUAAUGGACUGUCUGGCAGAUUGUGGCAUUGGUUGCUCCUUGUUCUCAACAUACGAGUCGUCCUCGAAGCCAAGGAAAUACAAGGUAAAUUGAGCCUCUGGGAAGUCUCUCGUGCUGAAGAUCUUCAUUCCCAGCAGAUCGCGGUAGAAUUUGAGAGAUACCUUGGGGUCCUUGACUCUGAUCAUGGUAUGGUUCAUUCUGUACGCAAUUGGAUUGAUGGUGGUUGCCGUGUCCAGAGCGUUCUCGAUCAGCUCAACCCAGUAUCCAUCCGGAUCCAAAAUGAAAGCAAUGUUCUUUUGUCUUCCAUCUUGGAGCCUUUUUUUGAAGUUCACUCCCUUAGCAAGGAAAUCUUCCUGGGCCUUGGCAAUAUUGUUAACCGAGACACACAGAUGGCCGAAUCCUUUAUAUGGUUCCGAGUUUCCGUCGUAAACCUUGGCAUUGGAGUUCUUAAGCUCACGCAGCUCGACCACUCCGUCUCUCUGGGCCAGUGGUUGGCCUGCAUGUGGGUGGCCAACGCUGUCGAACGCAACAAAGACUGAAGUAUACUUUGCAGUCUCCAAUUGCUUGAUUGCCUUCAUGGCAAAAGUGUUGGUGUACCAACCAA